AUGGGUUUCACAUCUGGCUCCUGUGAUUACUUCUUCUUCCGGAUCCCCAAGACGGAGGAGAUCCAUAUCUCCGCUCAAAAAUAUCGAGACCUACGUCUGAAAGCUCUCAAGUCCUCACCGGGCUCUUUUUCAUCCACGUACGAAAUUGAAUCAGCAUUUACGGAAGCCGACUGGAUAAAUAUCCUGACAGCACCUGACCGCGAAAUCUUUAUUUGUGCCGCCACUCCACUCAAUCAAGAAUCGAGUGACUCAGGCGCCGUGUGGAUCGGGCAGGUCACUCUACGCGGCCCACUAUCCCUAGAGAACUUCAUUCUUCCUCCUGAAUCCGGCGAGCCGCCGCAGAAAUCGGAUGCCGAAGAAGAAAGAUGGCAGAUGUUGAGCUUAUUCGCUCUUCCCGAGCACCGAGGGAACGGACUCGGUGCCAGCCUUUGUCAGAACGCACUUGACUAUCUAAGAACGUGCCGGUCCUCACCUCUGGGUGUUCAAGUCCGGCUUAUUAUCAAGCCGGAAAAUCAUGUUACUGUGAAACUCUAUCAACGUCUUGGCUUUUCCGAAGCUGGGUUGGCUACGCUUGCUGAGGCUUUGAUUGUCAAUGGAGACCAACAUCUUUUGCCGGAGGAUACCAGUGGCCCGAAAUACAACACUCGAGCUGGGUUGAUUAUGAUUUAUCUUAUAUCGAGGUCAUAA